CAAGUCGCGGCAGCAUGGCUUCACGUGGAAGCGCAAAUACUGCUGGAGAUUACAGCCUUGCUGUAAUAUUGAUCCUCGGUUUGGGUGCGGCUUCGAUUGCCUUAUACUGGUAUUAUAUCGAUGCAGCUGGAAGAAGACGCAGACCAAAAUUCGCUAAGAAUGAUGGGCCUAUAAAACUUCCUGAUGAGCUCAGAAACGCUGAACCAUCACCAAGUGUAAAAGCGUUAAGAGCGAAUACGCCAACGGCUCGACAUCGAGUACAUUCUCAGGCAGUUGCAGACGUACCAAAGAAGGGAGAGGUGGCCAAGAAAUACGUCAGCGAGCAUGCGCAUCUACCUGAAGCCCUUCCCUUUAAAAGCUCAGAGUUACUGCAAGGAGAAGAUCACAUGGAUCCAACGGCUCGGUCACCAACUGAGCACAAGAUGACGAAAAGCGAAGAGGGAAUGGAAGCUGGUUCAAAAGAGGAGAUCAAAGUUCAAACUACAAGUUUGAAAACGGACAAGCCACAGUCUGAAGAGGUUUUGCCUCUAGGGCGAGGGGAAGCGCUGGCGGCUAAACGAAAAGAAGUGGGCGUCAAGCCAUCCGUUCCUUCCAAAGAAGAAGAAGAAAAAGCCCUGUCUCCUGUCGACCUCGUACCAUCUCGUACGUCAAGCGAUACAAGUAUUAUGAGGACAUCGCAUUGUUAUUGCAGAGUCAAGCAUAAGAGCAGACCUCUUGAUGAUACAGCGUGCCUAUUUGAUCCCAAGAUUAAGUUGAAAUUAGUUCCAACAGAGACACAUCCAAUCACUUAUACACGCUACAAACCAAUCAGGCUUAUCGACCCUAUCGAAGGAGUAACUGAAAUCACACAGAAACCUAUCGAUGACGAAGGUCCUGAAGAGCAGGACUUUCUUACUCCAUUUCAUCCAAUUCUUCAUGCUGUCUCCUAUGCUCAUUGGCACGCAAAAAUGAUCGACGAGCUGAUCUUGAACAAAGAUUUUAUCGAGUAAUUUAAUUGCACUAAUCUGAAUCUGCAAAAAUCUGAAUUGUAAAAGCAACAGUAGAUUUGCAUAAAGAUUUAUUUAUGUCCCCU